CUGGGGAAGGGGAUACAGCAGCGGCAACGGGUCCAGCCUGGCUUCUCUGUGUCAGCCAUGCCCUCUGAGCUCUCCGCCUGCAGCUACUGGCUAUUGCCAUCUGACUGCUCUCUUUAGUAAUGGGCAAAGAGAUACAUUGAACUGAGUUGAAACACAUCCAGCUCAGUGGAGUGUCUUAAGACAGUGUCUCAGCACACAGAUCUUUUGGAAUGCAUUACAGACCGUGCACUUGCAGUGAGUGCAGAGACUGCUGGCAGUGCCAGGACUCGUGGAGGGAGUGACUCAGACCUCUGGGAGUGGGUCAUCUAUUCAGCUGCACUGAAUGAAUCAAUGUAUCUGAUCCAUCUCCACUGAACCUGCAUCAGUCUUACAUGCAGUCAGGCACAGCAGCAUCCCUAACCCUGAGUAUCAUCACACUGCUCCCUCCCAGGGGGUGUCAUCCAGUAGUGCUGCCUCCCAAUCACUGUGACUGACUGAGAAAGGCAACUGGGGGCUGUCUGGACACACCAAACUGUGAGUGACUCGAAUCAUUUCAACUUCUAAAUGAUUGGAGUCAUUGUGUGAGACAUGCACUCAGUAGCCAUCUCUAGCUCUCCUGUUACAGCUUCUGGCACCUGCUGCUGCUGCUGCACAUACACAUCCUGAGGAGGGAGGACUGAUGCAGAGCGAGCCGGAGGCGCUGGGCUGCUGCUGCUGAUUCCUCUGAUCGUAUUCAGUGACUCUCAGCCAUGGCCAGAAGGAGUUCCCUGUUCAUUCGGGUUGUUGAAGGGAAGAACUUAUCUGCCAAGGACAUCACCGGCAGCAGCGAUCCAUACUGCAUUGUGAAGAUAGACGAUGAGACAAUUAUCAGGACAGCAACUGUUUGGAAAACCUUGUCACCAUUCUGGGGAGAAGAGUAUAAGGUCCAUCUGCCACCUAAUUUCCAUUCAGUAUCUUUCUAUGUUAUGGAUGAAGAUGCACUCAGUCGGGAUGAUGUCAUUGGAAAGGUCUGUUUAACACGUAGCGUCCUGGCAGAAUAUCCUAAAGGAUAUAAUGGGUGGUUAAAUCUAACAGAAAUAGACCCUGAUGAAGAAGUACAAGGGGAAAUCCAUCUCAAGAUUGAAAUUUUUACCACUGAUUUGUCUCGUAAAAUGCGCUGCACCGUGUUUGAGGCAAGGGACUUAGCGCGUAAAGAUCGGAAUGGAGCCUCAGACCCCUUUGUCAGAGUGCACUACAAUGCCAAAAUACAAGAGAGUUCAGUAGUGAAAAAGUCAUGCUAUCCGCGAUGGAAUGAGAUGUUUGAGUUUGAUUUGGAUGAAUCUUUUAAUGAAAAGUUAACAAUUGAAGUUUGGGACUGGGAUCUUGUCAGUAAAAAUGACUUUCUGGGAAAGGUGGUGAUCAACUUAAAUGGGCUUCAAAAAGAUUUACAGGAAGAAGGAUGGUUCAGACUAAGCCCUGGGAAGUCCAAAGCAAACGUGGAAGAGGGAAACCUUGGUUCCCUACAACUUCAAGUGCGGCUCCGAGAUGAGACUGUAUUACCGUCAGAUUACUAUAGACCUCUGGUGCAAUUGCUGUGUCAGGAGGUUAAAGCAUCUCACAAGGAAAAAAGUGGACAUUUAAUAACUCUAAUAGAUGAGACCACAUCUGCUGAAUGCAGACAGGAAGUGGCCACCAACCUUGUUAAGACCUUCUUAGGACAAGGGCUGGCAAAGGAAUUCCUGGAUCUGCUCUUCAGACUUGAGCUUGACAAAACAAAUGAGCCAAACACAUUAUUCAGAAGCAACUCCUUGGCUUCAAAAUCAAUGGAAUCAUUUCUUAAGGUGGCAGGAACACAAUAUCUGCAUAGCGUUGUUGGACCAACAAUAAAUCGUAUCUUUGAAGAAAAAAAAUAUAUUGAACUGGAUCCCGGUAAAGUUGAGAUUAAAGAAGCUGGGUGCUCAGGAUUACAUCGGAUUCAGACUGAGAGUGAAAUAAUCCUUCAGAGUGCUCAGCAUCUCCAGUCCUACCUGACCGACCUCCUUAUAGCAAUAGCCAAGUCAGUGAAGAUAUGCCCGGCCACAAUACGGGCUACUUUCCGGCAACUCUACAAGCGGGUGGAAGAGCGCUUCCCAGAAAAUAAACACAUGAAUGUGAAGUUCAUUGCGGUGACCAGUUUCUUGUGUCUACGUUUUUUCUCCCCUGCAAUCAUGUCGCCUAAACUCUUCCAUCUCAGGGAGAAGCAUGCUGAUGCCCGCACAAGCCGAACAUUACUCCUCUUAGCUAAGGCCGUACAGAAUGUUGGUAACAUGGAUGCUCCAGCUAGCAGAGCUAAGGAAUCCUGGAUGGCUCCACUACAGCCCACCAUUCAACAAGGAGUUUCCCAGCUGAAGGAAUUCAUUCUCAAACUUAUAGACAUUGAAGAGAAGGAAGAACUGGACCUACAGAAGGCACUGAAUCUACAGAGUCUCACAGUAAAAGAAGGUCAGUUAAUGGUCUACAAAACAAAGUGCAAAGGAUACUUGUUGACGUCAUCUUUCAAAAAGCUCUUCCUCUCGUUAUCUGUUGACGCAUUGAGUUUUGCAAAGACUCAGUUUUCCAAGAAAAGUUCCUUCAUACCGCUGUCCAGGAUCCGGGCCUUGGAGAAGGUAGAAGAGAAAAGUUUUGGCAAUUCCAAUGUAAUGCAAAUUAUUUACACAGAUGAAUCUAGCAGCCUGGAGGCGUUAUAUUUGCAGUGUAAGUGCGUUAAUGAGCUGAAUCAAUGGCUGUCUGCAUUGCGAAAGGUCUGCGUUAACAACACUGACAUGCUGUGUUCCUAUCAUCCCGGGGUGUUCAAAGGAGAGAAAUGGAGCUGCUGCCACCAGAAGGACAAAGGAGUUGCUGGCUGUGAUAAAACCCGGCAUGAAGUCACAUUACAGGAUUGGAAUGAUCUUUUGAAUCCUGAUCUUGAGGCUCAGCUCAUUUUCAAACAUCUGAUUGGAGUGAGAGAACUGAUGAAGGAAAAAUACUUGGAACUGACACAGCAUGAUAAUAUCGGCAAGACUGAUUCAAGUUCAGAUCCUGAAAGGAAAGACAGUGCUACAGAACUUUUCCAGAUACUCCAAGACCUCGAAACUGCUCAUGAAUCUUUUCUAUCUGAUUCUCCAGAUAUAGCUGAACAGGAAAAAAAAUACUUAUUGGAAAUGUAAAUAGGCUGUCGUAAAACAGUAAGGUUGUACUACUACUGACAAUAUUGAGUGUACUUCUGCUGCAAAUGUUUAUUAGACUAUAGCACCUUCUGCUGCGCUGGAAAAGUAUACUUACGUUGCAAGUAAUAAAAUAUUAACCAAAAGGAAACAAAACAGUUAAAGCAGAUUGUCCAGUUCAUCUUAAUUUAUAAAACUGAUCCAUCUUAAGUAAAAGGGAAAUAAACCCUAUAUUAUUUUU